AUGAAAUCAAAACAAUCAUCCUCCGUCGAUACUAGUGGAUCAAUAUCUGAUUUUUCCCCUGGAGUAUCAAACAGACCUGGAUAGGUGGCUAAAGUCACAAGAUUAGAAGAACUAGCUUCUGCAAUAGAAUAAAUGUCAUAAGAGGAAGAGAAUUCAAAGGAAAUUGAAAAUCCAGAGGAAUUGUUUUCUCCCUUAGAGUUCAAACUAGAUUUAAGUGUGAUUCCUUCGACAAAUGUGAAAACUGAGGAAUUUUAUAAUUUAGUUCUUUAAAAUUAUUUGGAAAAAUAAUAAAAGCCAACCCAAUUCUUAAACAAAGAUAACAAGGGUUAUGAUAAUGAAGAGAGAAUGAGAUUUUUAAAUUGGUCAAUUGAGAUCACGAAUUCAUAUAAAAUGAAUUAUUCUACAUUUUUCAUAAUUUGCUCGGUUUUGGAUGAAUUUUAAAAAAAAACUCAAAAAAUAACAAGAGAUAGCCUAUGCCUUACUGGUCUUUGUUGUAUGUAUUUGGCAUCAAAAUUUAAUGACGUAAUACCAUUAAGAAUUGAUUAAGUAAUUUACAUCUCUCAUGAUAAAUUCGAUCGAAAUAAGAUUUUUAAGAAAGAACUAGAAAUUUUUGAAUGCUUGGAUCAUUAACUUAAUUUUUCUAAUAGUUUUUUGUUUUUAACAUUGUUGCUGAGACUCUAUUUAAGUAAAAUCAAAGAUAAAAGGGAUGAUAUCAUUGAGAUAUCCUAUUUUACUUUGAAAGUGUGCUGUUUUGAUUAUGGACUAUAGUGUAAAUACACUCAAAGUUUGAUAUCUGCAGGUUGUCUUACAUAUGCUUUGAUGCUGGUAAAUUCAGAUAACCAAGGAAGGGUGAAUAGAAAUAUCAUUACAUCACUUUUGCAUUUGUUAGAAAAUUCGAAUGUUGUAAAGGACGAAUAAAUAUUAUCAGUUGGUGAGGAUAUAGAGGUUUUAAUGGAAAGAUACUUUAUUGAUAAUGAAUUUCGAGGGAAAAUUAAAAAUUUAAUUGAAUAUAACUUAAUCUAAACAAAUUUGGUGAAAUCCUACCUUGAGAUUAAAAAUUAGGAUCUAUGA